AUGACGGUAUUUGUCUGUUGUCUGUUUGUCUGUGCAUUUCUGCAAGUCAGUCAUCAAAAUCCAACAGACCACUGGACUCUGCUGCCCCACAUUAUGGUUGUGGAGGUGGAUGGCACGGAGGGCCAGCAGCCCCUGAGCUGCCUGGAGCUGCCAGACGAGCACAUGGCAAGAGACAUCAAGAAUGAGGAUAUUUUUUGGAGAAAGAACGGGUGGCAGGAAGAACAGAGGGGAAACACGUACCUGCUGCAGCUGGAGGAAAGCUUAGGAGGGGGAAACUACACCUGCCACAGCAAGGAUGGAUCACUCCUCAAUCACACCAUGGUUCUGAUCCAAGAGGACGAAGCUAUCAGGAGAAUUCUUAUGAAAAGUGACCAGGAAGGUUAUUUAAAGUGCUCCGCUCAAAAUUACAAUGGAGAGUUCCACUGCUCCUGGACCUGGCACAGCAAUCGCGUUGGCAAAGUAGCAUUCAUCAAAGCUCAACGUGUAUCUGACAGCCAGUGUUCUGUGGAUGAAAGUGGCCAGCGUUGGACAUGCUCUUCAGGUCAGAGUAACUUCAACUGUUCAGUGGACGACAGCGGACACAGGAUCGUGUGCCUGGAGGAGCAGCACUGCCCCUACGCUGAGGAGAGCCAGCAGAUCCACAUUAGCGUCUACCUGAGGACGGAGCAUUUCCUGCUGGAGAACUACUCGAAACGCUUUUACCUGUCAGAGAUAGUGAAACCCGACAAGGUGAGCAUUGGUCAAGUCAGCCCCACGAUGAUAAAGUGGAGAUACCCGAGCUCCUGGAGCAGCCCCUACUCCUACUUCCCUCUUACUUUCGAGAUUGCACAGCUCAGGGGGCGAUGCAAAACGUGUGACAACCCGUGCACUGACUCAAAAGCCACUAAGACCUCGAGAGUUUCCUCUACCAACAUUUGUCAGUUUGAAGUCAAGCACAAGGUUAAGGCCGUCUGUGUCCGGGCCAAGGAUGCUCUCUGUAACUCCCAAUGGAGCGAGUGGAGCUAUCUCAGAUUGAGGAGACACAAGAAGAACAAACGUCAGCAAAGCAAAAAUUAAGCUUAACAGAAGAAAGAAAAUCCUGAAACUGGAUGUCUCUUAAAAAUGUUAUGUUUAUUUAGACGCUUUUAUAUAUUUAUAUUUAUUUUAUCUUAUAUCAUGUUGUUUGUAAUAUGUCAAUAUUCUUAAUGGUAAUUGAAGAAAUAAAAUAUUUAACACAAUCUUUUUUUGUUUCCUGCCCUUUUUUCCCACUUCCAAUCAGCAGCUCCAUCCUUGCCUCAGCCAGAAUUAGAAGAAGUGAUAGUACCACAUUCUCCUAUUACUU